AUGACCCAGAAUCGGGGUUUCUUCCAACUCACUUUUAAUAUCGACUUAAAAAUUCCGUCAACUCUUAGAGGUUACGAGCUGAGCGCGAUCGUGACAAACAACAAUAAAAUUUUCACCGACGAGAACUUCUACGUGUGGAGUAUUUCGUGUGUAAGUCGCUCGCCACGAAUUGCUCAGCCAUCAUAA